CAGCAACUUUAUUCUAUAUAUUGUCAAUUUCGUUAAUCUGUUUUAUUAUCAUUUAUCACGUACCCAGACGUCCGAUUGACAUUUUAUUAAGUUACUUCUGCUUACUUGAUUAGUUGUUAAUCCACGCUACUCCAGUCGUUAUAAUAUUCGUGGAAACUUUAUACCCGCAUUUGACUGAACAUGAAAUUCAAUAUCAGUAUGUUUGUUACAUUGUGUGUGUGUCCGAGCGUAAGUGCACAUGAUCAACUCAGCUGACUGCCAGCAGUCGGGGCUCCGGCCGAACUACCGCCACAUGUCACCAACAAACAACAUGCAGUUCAACAAGCCCAUUACUGAAAAAGACAAUCAGCAGUGGAAUCAAAGGCAGCAACAACAACACUAUCAGCCGAAGCCCCAAUCGCACCCAGACCAACCAACGCAACUGCAACCACCGUCAAAACCACAACAACCACCGCCACAACCGCAGCAAUCACCACCACAGCCGCAGCAACCAACUCCAGAACCACAACAACCAACUCCAGAACCACAACAACCAACUCCAGAACCACAACAACCAACUCCAGAACCACAACAACAAACACCUCAGAAACAACAAAUUCUUAAAGUAGAAACAAAAAGUCCUGAACAACAACAGCAACAUCCGGGACAGAUUCAAGAGGUCACAACCCAGCAGGAGCCGGAGACGGAUAUGAAACCAGCAGUCGACGACAUUGACGUCACUAAACCUAGUGUACCGUUCUGGAUGAAGACGAAGUUGCAGGGCGUGAAGAAGAUCACGAACCGUGAGCGGCGCCGCCGGCAGAACGAGACCCUCCGCCGUCUGCUGGCGCCCAAGAACGCGCUCAUGGUGCUCAACGAAAUGUUGCCGGGAGAGACCCUCGCUAACCAAUUCAAAGUGGAGCCCGUAGGUGACGUCGGCGCAUACUCUCGAGCGACGCACGCCUUCCACGCCGAACUCAAAGUAGAGUCGAACGUCUACAAGGGCUACGGCGAGACAAAGAUGGCUGCUCGCAACGCGGCGGCCGAGCAAGCGAUCAGGGACCUCAUCAUAAAGAAAAUGUCGCGUGCCAUGUUUUGUACAGAGAAGCUGGAAGCCAUGGACACGGAAACCGAAGCGGGAGCGGCGGACGAGGGGGCGGAGGCCGAGGCGAUGCCCAUGAUACAGUUGGCGUCCUUCGCCUUGCAUAAACUAUUCUCAGAGUGGGAGGGGAGCGGACACCGCGUGCCGCAGUUGAAACUCAACCAGGGGUCGAACGGCGAGUCUCCGUCGGAGAGUCCUCGGCCAGCUCCCGCCAAGAAGGUCCGCCAGCUGCCGGAGCAGGCGGCCUCCAUGCACCCCUGCAUGCUGCUGACCUACAUGAGACCUCAGCUCGCCUACAGGCAGCUGGACUCAGACGGAGCGCGGCCCCAGGACACGCUAUUCAACGUCGCGGUCGACGUGGACGGACAGACGUUCUUCGGAAAAGCGUACAGCAAGAAGGAGGCCCGGCGGAUGGCGGCUCGCCUCGCCUGCGAGACCAUCUUUGGCGUCAAGUUCGACUCGCAGUGACGGCGGCUGAGUGACAUUGUGCUAUAUUAUAAAAACAGAUCCCUGGCCAUAGCCAGUGCGUGAAAUCCCUUCCCUUUCAAUACUAUGAUGUAUGUUGCAGCAACGUGUUUCCUAUCCUACCAGUGUGGGGCGGUGAUACGAUUCUUCCACAUUUUCAUGGGAAAAUCCUUCCUGAAGUCAUAUUUUAAAGUGCAAUUACCUUAUGUUGUAAGUGAUGGCAGACGAGUCAUGAAGAAUUUUGAAUGUACAUUUUCAAAGGGAGUUUUUAUUUAUGUAAUGAAAUAGGAGUUUAUUUUGCGCCAGUCGCUAGUUUGACUGAUCGACGUGUUGGAUACAUAUUAUACGUGAGUGAGGAG